UAGUACUGUUGUGUUAUACGUCGAAGCCGUGAGAGUGACAUAUUGUGAAAAGGGAGUUGAGAGGUUUACACCUCCAACCAACUGUUAGUAUUAUAAGAAUACCUCAGAUUGUUAAAAGGUGACCUGGAAGAAAGACAACGCACAGAGAGAACAGAGCAAGGUGGCUAACUGUCGCACAGAACUUGCCACAGAGUUCGAGUUCCAGAGGUACUACUCGCGGGACCGUCGUGAGGAAACCAUCAUGAUGACGUACAAAAAACCUGUGGGAGCUACUGAUUCAUUUCUGCGUCCGUCCAGGAGAUAUCAUGACUUUGAACUGGAGAGUGGCAUCAACAAAAAGGUCAACUGCCUGAUAGCCUUCGCAGCCGUUGCGUUGAUUGUCGCAGUGGCCGCUCUCAGUCUGGCAAUUAUGCAACUCAUCCAGGUUCCAGCUCAUUCUCACUUCCUCACAAGGCUUCAAUACAUUCUGCCUUCAUCACAACAGGCCUUCCACACCGCGGAAAUGGAAGUGAACAAACUCUCGGUCCUCCAGGAAAGAGUCAGACAACUGGAAGAGCAGGUGGGUUUGAAUCCGUUCAGUCCCUUGGACCACCAUGGUGCUGACUAUAGAAAGUCAAUAAAUUAUCAUCCUCGUAUACGUUUAGUUUAUUCACGAAAUUCAAGAGACAGUGGUUAUUUCUGUGUUUAUCCUCGUAAGAAAUAUAUCAUUCGCUUCCUUUUCACUAAUUUGCGAUUAUACCUUCUUAUCGCCUUCACAGAUAGUCAAAAUGGUUCCAGCGUCAAGAUCAUCUUCUCCAAUAACGUCAACCCUUCAAUAUUGAUAGAUGAAAGCCCAGAAAGUCCUGAUACACUGGAACAUCCGCAAGGCGGAGUUCAGCUUCUGAACACCUCCGAUGCACCCCAACAGGAAGAGGAGACCGAAAGUCCCAAGCAAGAGUCAAGGGAGCCCACCUUGCGUCCACCACUGAAAUCCACAACUCCAGAAGAGUCGAGGGAAAGAACGGAAGGCUCAGCAGACGGCAUGGAGCCCGAGACCCCAGUUAAGUGCCCUCUCUACCCUCGACCUAUUUGCCCCGUUGGGUACGUCUUGAGGGACACCGAUGACCCAUGCCCUCGACCCGUUUGCCAUCCGGGAGAUGACGAAGAGGACAGCGAGGGUUCGGGGGAGGAGUGUCCUGAAUACCCGCAGCCAUCUUGCCCAUCUGGUUAUGUGGUGAUGCAAAGUGAGGGACCGUGCCGAAGAUUUCUAUGCCGUAAGCAAGUUCCGCAGGACUUGAAGUAGUAUUGCAAGGAGUGUGUAGUGGAGAAAGAGUCGUACAGUAUUAACCGUUCUGGUCUUUGACAUAUAAGUAUGUAUCGAUAGUAGCCUUUAGACAACUCUGUUUAGUAAAGCUGUUAUAAUUAUACGGCGUGCGUUCCUCAGUUUUGUUAUGUAUAAUCAUAAUCUAUGUAUAUUGAAAGAUCGAUUUUAAGAUUAUGUAAUUGGUAUGACUAACUCACUCUUUCCCUCUGUGUGUACCAUGUUAAAACCUUACAAUUGCAGUAUUUGCCUGCCUGUAAAAUGUUGGAAGUGGACCAAAAUAGAACUCAGUGUAGUACGGCGGUAUUAGAUGCUUCUUUAAUUUAAGCAAAUUGACAAAAAAUCUGAUUCAUAUAUUUAAUGCUAAGGUUACUAACUUCCUAAGAGCUGGUUAUUUUAUACAUGUAUACAAUAUAUUUAGUUUUAAGAAA